AAUUAUGAUAGCUCGCGUGUUGUCGACACGCGCAAUUCACGUGUAUAACUUAUCGAUAUAAUGUCACACAAGUGCGCUGUGCUUGGAAAGUUACAAGUUUGUGCUCUUCGUUUAUCGUAAGAUACGCGUUACUUGCAUUUAUCAACGUCAUCAACAUCGUGCGCUUAUAAAUUAUCGCCAGUGUAACCGAACCGUUUCAGUCGAUGUCAUCAAGCGACAUCAGCACCAAUUAAAGUUGUAUACCGUCGCUGAGGCUCUCGAGAAGACUGCUUUCCUGUUGUUUAAUAUCAUUCAAGGUCAUUUAAAAUAAUAAGUAAGCGAUUUGCCGAAACGAGACUUUUGCUUUUCGUCAACUUCACCGUAAACCUAAUAAGGGUAAUCUCCCUUCUCAAAGAGAGCGGGAAAAUAGAAACGCAGCGCGAAGAGAGCAAAAAGAUAGAAACGCAGUGCGAACAGAGCAGCGAAAAAUUAACUAAACGACUAAUUGUUGAAAUAAAAUUUAAAUAAAAAAACAAACGUUAUAUCGAGUGAAAUGAGUACAUACAAGGGUUUUUCUACCAAAGCUAUUCACGCUGGACAGGAUACAAAACAAUGGAAUCAUGGGGCAUUGAUACCUCCUAUAGUGAUGUCUACCACUUUUGAACAAGAUAAUCCUACCAAACCAACCGGUUACACAUAUGGUAGAAGUGAUAAUCCUACACGCAACACAUUGGAAACAUGUCUAGCUGCUUUGGAAGAUGGCAAAUAUGCUGUUGCUUAUUCCUCUGGUUUAGGAGCCACAACAGCAGUGACAAGUUUAAUGAAUUCAGGAGAUCACUUAAUCUGUAAGGAUGAUGUUUAUGGUGGGACCAGCCGUUAUUUCCGCAAUUGCUUAAUGCAGCAAAACAAUAUAGAUGUUACAUUUGUAGACACGGCAAAAACACAAAAUGUUAUUGAUGCUCUGAAACCGAAUACUAAGAUGAUAUGGUUGGAGUCGCCAUCAAAUCCACUGCUGAAAAUCACAGAUCUCAAAGCAGUUGUUGACAGUGUAAAAUCUCGCCGGUCAGACAUCAUAAUAGUUAUUGAUAACACAUUUUUGACAUGUUACUUCCAAAGACCACUAGAUAUGGGGAUUGACAUAGUUGUCUAUUCUUUAACUAAGUAUAUGAAUGGUCAUGCAGAUGUCAUAAUGGGCGCCGCGAUUACUCGCCGGGAUGAUCUCGGCAAAAGAAUGCGAUACUUGCAAUGUGCAAUGGGAAUUGUCCCGUCGCCCCACGACUGCAAUCUGGUCAAGCGAGGCUUAAAAACACUAGAGUUCAGAAUGAAGGAGCACAUGAAGAAUGGUCUGGCUGUAGCAAAAUUUCUAGAAACACAUCCCAAAGUGGAGAAGGUGCUCCAUCCUUAUCUUCCAUCACACCCGCAACACAAGAUCGCAGUUAAACAAUCAACCGGCCACAGUGGGAUGGUAUCUUUCUAUCUAAAAGGUGACCCUGCGAAGUUUUAUAAGGCAUUGAAAAUAUUCACUUUAGCUGGAUCCUUGGGCAAUCCUGAAUCAUUGGUUGAAUUACCUUUCUUCACAUCACAUGCUUCAGUACCUUUGAAAACACGGUAUGAGUUAGGUAUUACAGAGAACUUGAUUCGAGUAUCUGUUGGCCUCGAAACAGAACAGGACCUCAUAGAUGAUCUUCAACAAGCAUUGGAUGCCUGUUAAUGAAUCUAAUGCCAGUUCAUUUAAAU